AUGGAGCGUCAGCCGCAGAGCAGCCACGAUGCCUAUGACGUCACAGAUGCAGCCAUUGCCCGCUUCUUCAAGCUGGGGGUCGAAGAGGAGCGGGAAGAAGCGAAAGAGGUGAAGCCCGCGGAGAUGUCGCCUCCCGGAGAAGGGGGAGAGGAGCAGAAGGCUCAGUCCGAACUGGAGCAGGGAGCAGCCGCGGAAGGGAAAGAGGCGGGAGACGAAGGAGAAGGAAAGGAAGGCUGCGAGGUCAGCGUCGGAGCCGCCGGCCCCGCGGACGGCGAAAGCCGCGAGGCCGAGGCCGAGGCGGGCGGCGGCGAAGGCGGAGAGCAGGGCGUCGAGGAGCAGCCCCCGCGGGCCGCCGUCGAGGGUCCUGAGGCCGCAGAAGGGCGGCGGCGCGCCCCCCGCGCCAGGUUCACGCAAGCGCAGGUGCAGGAUCUGGAGCACGUUUUCCAGCACACUCAGUACCCCACCGCGCUCAUGCGAAAGGAGCUUGCAAGACGCCUGGGAGUGACUGAAGCCAGAGUGUGGGCUUGGUUUAAGAGUAGAAGGGCCAAGUGUCGGAGACAUCAGAGGGCAGUAAUGCUCAGAAACGUGCCCCACGUGCCCCCGGUCCUCCGUGCUGCCGUUAGCGUGUGUGAACCCUGCCGUGCCAUUCUGCUUCAGGAGCUGGAUUGGGUCCACGUUUUUCUGGAGCAAGUGCCACUGGAGCUGCCUCUGCUGCCCGGGGCGCCCAUGCCACCCAACCUGCCCGUGCCACACAUGCCGCCCAUGCUGCCCGUCCCACCCAUGCCCCCCAUGCCACCCAACCUGCCCGUGCCGCCUGAGCCACCCGUGCCACCCAUGCCGCCCAGGCCGCCCAUGCCACCCUUUCCUCCUAUGCUGUUGCCACCUCCGCCCUGUCAUCUUCCACACGUGCUUCACUGUUGGUGCCCUCAUGUGGCAUCGCGUCGUUCCUUUCCAUUGGAGAUCCUUCAGCUGCCCGAACUUUCUAUUGAAUUGUGUCUGUGA